AUGGCCAACGGUUACGGAUUCAACAAGCAUUCGACAGACUAUCCAGCCAUCUCGCGACCAACGCAGAAUGAAGAACCCAUACGCCCAAGGAACAGGCGUGUUGUUGCCCUCGCCGAUCCACCAACCGCGACCAUCGCUGAUCAGCAAACCCCCACAGGAUCACGUCGCAGGACUGGUGGUUUCGCAGGGCUGAGUAGUAUGCUCCAACAAAUGAACUCAGACAAUACACUUCUUCCUACCACCGGCAACAACGCUUUGCAGAGUCGCAAGCCCAACGCCAACACUGUCGAAGGCAGGAAGAACGUCAGUGCGAUUGUGAACAAGAAGAUCGAAUUCGACGUGGUGGAUGAGGACGGCUUCACUCAAGUCAUGUCAGCAUCAGAGAAGAGACAGAAGAACCGUGAGGCCAAGGCCGAGCAAGAUCUAGUGGACUCAGAUCGUCCGGGCAUUAACCAGAAGGUGUGGAAAGUUCCAGUUGACGGCCAAUCGACAUUCAACGGCAUCACAACCCCAUUGCCGACGAAUGGUCGUGCUACCCAGCAUCCAGGCGGUACAAACAAGCACGCCCCGGGCCCUCGUACCUUGCUGCAUGCUGUACGUUACGCAGACCAGCUCCUCGGUGUGAUCAUCCACCACACCGCGCCGAUCGAGAUCGAACACGACGCCAAGCUGGCCGACAAGUUCGUCAUCGAAGUCGGCGGCAUCAAGUACACCCUGCGCCCCCAAUUCUGGAUCAUUGUGGGUCGUGCUCAGUGGUACGUCUACGAGAUCUCCAUCUUCACUUUCAACAAGAACGGGCUCAAGUACAAGCCAAAGAACACUUGGGAGGAGUACCUGAACGUAGAGCCGGUGUUCGCUCCGAACUACACCCCACAGAGCCCGACCAUGCCUGUACUCAAGGUUCAGGCGACUACUGGGGAGAAGGUGGUUUCGCGUGACACUAUGAUCGCCAAGUGGACCAUGGUCCGCCCACGUCGUGUGGACAAGCCUGACAUUGCGCGUGUUGGUCAGCUCGACAGGGCCAGCACUGACAUCGCCGUCAAGUACGCUAAGAGCGUCAUCGGCAACAUGCCAAAGGACAAUUAG